UUGGGAACCACAUGAUCUAAAGAAAAACAAGGCAGUGUUGUGGAGGCGCUCACGGCACCAGUGCAAAGAUGAAGCUGACUGUAAUAGCUGCAUUGUGCCUGUCCCUUCUUUUGAAUAUUGACUUCUCCCUGGCCACGAGAAAAACAGGGCUUGCCCUGAAAUUUAAUCUCUUUAAGAAGAAACCGAAUGUGGACACCAAAUCUAAGGGUAAACAACAGUUCAACCAAGGAAGCUACCCUCAGCAACCAGGCAGACCUAUGGGAAACCCUAACUCAGGAGGUUACCCCCAGCAACCAGGAUACCCAGCAGGGGGCUAUCCAGCUGGUGGUUACCCAGCACAGGGCUCCCCAUAUGGAGGAGGUUAUGGAGGUUAUGGCAGUCAAGGUGGUUAUGGAGGUUAUGGAAGUUACGGUGGUCAUGGAGGUUAUGGAGGUUAUGGUGGCCAUGGAGGUUAUCCAGGUGGAUAUAUCAACCACAACCCAAACAACAAAAUCCCAAGCCCACACUAUGGUGGCAGUUUUGGUUACGGGGGCUACGGUGCUGGGGGUGGUUCUCCAUUUUCGCACUCAGUUCAGGCAAUGGGGGUGUAUCCCCAAGAUAAAUCCAGAGGGUUUGGGCGCAGUGCAGUAAUGGCAGCAGCUGGAGGGGCGAUGGCAGGAAUGGCUCUGGGCUACGGGCUAGGGAGGUUCCCUCGUCCUCCCUUCCACUUCCACAGUCCCCAGGAAGAGCAUUACUACAACCACUACAUGUACAGGAAAUAUGGCGUCAAGUCUACUGAUAACGAUGACUACAGCAGAGACUACAAGUACAGCCAACCACCUCAGUCCUAUGACAGCUUCAUGGACUCAUGCAUGAAGAGAACAGACGUUCUGCCUGAGGAGAAUCAAAAGCCAAAAAACAAACCAGCUGCCACCCCCACCACUACAACUACAACUACAACCACCACUACGACCACAACUACUGUUGUCACCUCAGCUCCAGACACUGGCACAAGCAGCAACACAACAAAGACCAAGAGCACUGCAGCAGAAAAGUCCCCGACCUCUGCACCUUCAACUCCUCGCUCUCUAAAUCAGCCUGAAGCCAGUCCUGUGCCUCCAGCUUCACAGGCUGUCAGAAAAGCUGCUACUGAUGAUGAUGAUGAUGAUACAGUCAGUAUUGUGGAGAUCGGCUAUCCAGCCCUGAUCAGACAGCUGAAGGUCAAGAGAUGUUUGGAGCUGUACAUGGUUUACUCUGAAAAGUACUUGAAGAAAAAGAUAGCGUCCAAUGCGAGUGUUGGGGUGCAGGGAAUGGAGAUGGGCUUGCAAAGGUUUUUAGCUGUUGUCACCAGCACUAUACUGAUGCUACUGAACAACAACAUACUAAUACUGUUGCACUGAGGCCCUCAUUAGCAGUUAAGUACAUAAGCACCAUGGACGCUCAAAGGAUGAAAGUGUCAGUCCACCGGUCCAUCGCUUUGGACCGGACUGAAAUGAUCUCGACAACUACUGGAUGGAUUGCCAUGAAAUCUUGUGUGGACAUUUGGGUACAAAUCCCAAUUACACAAGGUCAACAUUUUUGGCUUUGAGUAAAAUAUCUUAAUGAGUUUUGGGUGGAUUGUCACAAUAAAAGUAAUGCGUUUGGUGAUGCGAUGACUUUUUCCAUCCAGUAGGCUACAAUCAUUAGGUCAAUUUGCUUUAUGACCAAAUAUUUGCAAAACUAUUGACAUUCUUAUCAUCCUCAGCUAAACGAAGAGCAAAAUUAGUAUUCUAACCAAAGCUAAGAUGGUGGUAAACAUUGUGAGCAUGUUAGCACAUUGACAUUAACAUUUAACUGAAAGCACCACUGCGUCGAUGUACGACACAGAGCUGCGAGCACAACUGUAAACUUAGUCCUGUUUUAUUUAUUUAGGCAAACUGUCCAGCGUCAGUGGCUGAGGGGAUUAGUUUUCGCCCUGGAGCUGGAACCGGCUCUGUUACAGUGUCACCUGUGUAAAUAAACAGCUUUUGCAACAAUGGAGAAGAGCUUGAAGUAUGAAAUAGUGAUUGUAUAACUCAAGGGUUGCUGAUGUUGAACGACUGUCUGAUUCAAGGGCACUCGAAAGAGGAAAAGAAUGAAUUAUUAUAUUGACUGAGAAGAAUAUAGUGAAUGUUUUCUUGAUGUACUUAACAUAACUGAACCUUUAUGCAACCACCAUAUGGAGCAUUGAAAUACAGAUAAUCAAAUCAGAGCCCUGUUUAAGGCUGGUUAUGAUCUCUGCUGGUACUUGUUUUAUUUGGAUAAGUAUGCAUGUUGUUUUCCUAACACUUGUUAAUUUACUUAUGUUGAAAUCAAUGCAAAGGGAAGAAAAGCACCUUUUUCUCAAUUAUUCUGUAUCGUGGAUGAUAUUGGCUACUUCUUUUUCUCAAAGGACUUUGUGCAGCACAUUGAAUGUUUUGGAAUAUUUUCAUAUACUUGCCUCCCUCUUCCUCUUCAUUUCAGUGUUUUGCCUCUGAGGCAGCGUAUGCUUGUAAAAAUUCUUAGUACAUCUGAUGAACUGAAUCUGAACUGAAUUAAUCCCUGCACCUCCUGAAUGUUAUCUUGCAUUAUCAGUUUGUGGUUGGCGAGAUUGAAUUAUGAUUUGUACAAGAUUUUGUCUAAUCAUCAAACAAAUUAAAAGGUGCACUGUGGAGUUGUAAUUGUGAACAAAUGGUUUAUAUUCUACCUUUUUUGUGAACAGCUCCACACUGUGCCUGUCUGAAGACUGUUACUAUCUUCUACUGUCACAGAUACCUGAUAUUGAUGUCUGCAGGCUUGUUUUCUUCAGAAAGUAAAAGUUGCACAGCUGUUUUACCCUGCAGCACUUUAUCACUUUACCAUGGAAAACGAGUGAUUUGGCAACGUAAAACCAGAUUUAACAUUAGAAUCACCCUUAAAAGUUGUUUGCCAUCUUGCCUGUCAAGCAAAAUCUAAUUAAUGUGUCUCUGUGAAAAUAUCACUAUUGUCUUGUGUUGGUAUGAGUAGUAAACCAAUAGAUUCAUGAGUGGAUUCUUUGGGUUGAUAUAUUAAAUGAAUUAACAGAU